AUUAAAAUUUUGAAUGUAUGUAUCUUAAAUUGUUUUAAAUGAAACAACAAAAUAUAAUUUAUUAACUGAAGUACACAGUUGAUUUAUGGAGUGAUAGACAUCAUUACCAAUUAGGUAAUAUUGGGUUUAUAAAUAUAAUUGUAUAAUUAACAUUUACAAGUUCUAACAAUGACUACCAAAAGGAAAAAAUCCCUUAAAACUGAUUCCCAAGAAAUCGAGAAGCCAACAGAAAAAAGACAAUAUCCAAGAGCCUCAGUAGAAGCAGAAAGGAAAAAACAUCAUAAAACGAACAAAGAAGCAACUGCUGCGCCACAAGGCAAAAAAACCUCAAUUAGAAAAGAAGCUGAACUAGAAGCGGCAGCAGCUUCUUUAAAGGCAACGGAAAACGAAGCGAGAGCUUCAACCGCGAAACCCAAAUCAGAAAAACCGAAGAAAGAUGAACCAAUAAAAGAACCGUCCAAGAAAACACAUACAACCAAACGUAAUACAAAUGCCAGUCUACAAUUAGCUAAAGAAUAUGACGUUAAAUAGAAAUCAUUCUUGACAAAAAUACAAAAAUCUUAAUAUUUAUUAUGAAACUGAAUAUUGUCAUUUUGACAUUUUCAAGUUUAUCUUGAAAUAUUUAUAAUCACGAAAGUAACUGUCCAUCUAAUAUUUAUUAAUGGCUUCCGUCUAUUAUUUGUUUGAAAAUGCCUUCCAAUUAGACCAAGAACUCAUUAGUCUCUACAUUAAGGUCGGAAAUUUGAAAUAUCUAAGAGUUCUAGCAGCAAUAAAAAUACAAAAGGUGAUAAGAGGAUUUUUGACACGGAAAUGGUUUGAUAAGCAACUUGCUGCAAUUACCACCGUUCAAAGAUUUAUCAGAGGUUGGGACUUAAGAUUCCAUCUUGCUGAAACUUUACCAUCGCAUUAUGAUAACUUAAAUUUGAGGUACUACAAUACCUGCGCUACCAAAUUACAAGCUUUAUAUAAAGGUUACAUGACAAGAAAAAUUGUUAAUGUUAAAAAAAUGGUUAAUAAAAAUGAAGAGGUAGCUAAAAUUAAUAAAGAAACUCAAGAAGUUUUCAGCAAGAAGCUACAAGCCAUUAAUGACCUUCAUUCACUUGAGAAUCAAGAAGUUUAUAUCAAUUUUAUUGUGGAAACCCUGUUUCACAGACAUCAUUUAUUAAGAACAACUUUGGUAAAAGGAGUGUUGUCAGAGAAAGACAGCGAAGAAUAUUCAAUAAUUGAAAAAAUGCUGAAAUCUAUCUCUUGGAAGGAAUUUAUAUUGAAACAAAGACGGUUGUACAAAAAGUGUUAUUCUAAACAGGAAAUAGUAUCGUCAAAUUAUACGACUAGGGAACUAAGAAAAUUAGAAAAGUUGAAAAGAGAAUCGAAAUAUCUGGCAGACCAGCCACGUAUAUGUCAAGCUAAAAAGCCAACAUAUAAUUCAAAAGAAUUUUAUAGUAAACCACUUCCAAGUAAACAUCCAAAAAGUAUAUUCGCAUCAGAAAAAUGGAAACGACCAGAAGUAGGUUUGAGAGUGACUGAUAAAUCGAAGAACAUUUCAGAUAAAGAUUUUGUUCUAAGCAGUUUGGUGAGAACGAUGCAGGAUAAUGAGAUUCCUCCCUACUACAUAGAGUUCUGGUUUGGUAAAGAAUGUCCUUUACACAAUAUUUUGGAGUAAUAUUUUAUUUAUAUAGCUAUACACAUAUGUACAAAAAUUUACAAUACAACAUUUACAAAAAGUUCUAUACAAGGACUACACUAAUACAAAGUGAGAUUUAAAGUAGAAAAUGCGUACCUAUUUUGCUGUCGUGCUUCACACAAGAUUUAUUAACUUAGAUUAGAGUAAGAUAUUAUUGUUACGAGUUAAAUAAUAAUAUUUGGUACUUUAAGUACUACUUUUUACUAAAAGUUUAUUUACAUUUUCUCGCGAAUUGAUCUCUCUUUAGGCUCUAAUCUGUACAUAUAACUACAUUUAAGAAUUCUUCAAUAACAAUUCAUCUUUGGACCUGGACAGUAAUAUUUGCACUAUUUGCACCUUGACUGAUUCAAUUUAAUUGAAUUCAACUUAAAGCAAUUGGUUAACUAU